UGAAAAUUAUUUUGUACGGGACAGUUACGUUUAAUUUCAAUCAUAGUGGUAUUUACUAGAAUAAAUAAUAGUUAUUGUAAUAACAAGUUAUGAAUUGCCCCGUUGCAAGUUGUGUUUGGACCCGGGUAUGUCCUUAAACUACGUCCACAAGAGAGGUAUGGGCAUUGUGAAUGUCAUCUCGCUUUGUGUGGUAGGGCACAGACCAGCGGAUGUCAUUCCAGAUCUAGAGCAGAGCCCACUGGGGAAGGACCUCGACCUGACAGAAAACCGCAGCCAAAUAACACUAGACCCUACUGAUAAUGUUGUGUUCCUGCCGGUUAGUAAGGUUGCCAGAGCUCAACGAGGGUGCGGAGUGUUAGGGUCAGCAACGCGUAUGUAACUCCUCUGGAGUUGCAGGCGUACAUAGGCUAUGGAGAUGUUUACCCUCGGGCGGGUAUAUAAAAAAGAAUUUGAAUAAUAAAUCCAGGUCAAAUCCAAAACCUAUUACAAUCACAAUACGCCUUCAGUUUGACGAUCGUCGAAACAGGUCGAAGCAUGUCGAUAAUCGACUAAAAUAAGGUACUUACAUGGGGAGGGGUCCCCACGGGUUCUUAAUUAUAUUAAUCACAAUAUAAUAGAUCACUCAUUAUUGUUUCAUAGAGAAAACAAAUAGUUUACAAGUCGAGUUCAUAAAUAUGUAUACAUUUUAUCCUUAUUGCAGUGGAUUAAGGUAACGAAAUGUAUAGGUACAUAUUCAUAAAGAUUUUAUGCCAUUAUAUUAAUAAUCAAGUAGUAAAGCUAAUGUUUGUUUCUAGGCUCUAGGCGACAUAGGGUUCAUGUUAUCCUUCUUCUCCUUUUUGCUGAUGAGUCUGAUGCAGAUUUACCUACUCUGUUUCUACGGAGACAUGAUUAUGACAUCGAGCAUGGAAGUAAGCAACGCCAUGUACAAUUCCAAAUGGUAUACAGUGAACGCAAAAGUAGCAAAGCAUCUGUACGUGGUUCAAAUGAGGGCACAGAAACCCUCCAAGUUGACGGCAUACAGUUACGCCGACGUUAACCUGAAGGCUUUCACAAAGAUAUUAAGCACGGCUUGGUCAUACUUCGCUCUUCUGAAAACUAUGGAGAGCCCUACGCGAGCUUAGUUCGUCACUUCAGUUGUAGUUCUAGAGCACAGAUUUUAAUUUGACUCGUUUAGAUCCACUCGACCCACGUUUAUGACCUCUCCAAACGUCACAUAAUCGAACGUAAUUUGCAAUACAUUGUGGUAUUUGGUUGAUCCAUUGAAUUCAUUACUCUUAAUUUGCUAGCGAUUAUAUGAGAUUGCUUUAGAUAGCGCGCGAAUUAUGUUUGAAGCUUUAGCAGAGUGUGAAACUGAUUCACCCGUUUUCUGCACCUUGAUUUCGUGCCUGCUACCCCGAUUGUUUUUGAUUUUUAGUCCCGUGGCAAAGAGAGCAGAAACUUGUUAACAUCGUUUACACAACGAUUUACGUGCAGGAUCAGUCAGUGGGUCAAAAUUGUUAACGAUUUG